AUGAGAUUCUUAACAUUAUUGAAUCUUGCUAAAUGCAAACCUUCACGACUUUUAAAUACUCGUUAUUUCUCGUUUACACCUCAUUUAUGUACCAAAGAAUUUUCCGAUCGUACACUUCAAUUUUUAUUAGAAGACAAAGAAUUUACAUCGAUAAACACCGCUGCUUUACAUAUUAGAUCAUGGGGCCACAAUAUUUAUAUUUUACAACCGUCGAUGAAGUAUAAAGCAAAAUCACGGCAAUCGACAACAGCCAAUUUGCAAUUAUCAGAAUCGAUUGCUCUCAUAGAAACGUUAGACAAAUGGAAAGUCGUUGGAUAUGGCAUUUAUACGCUAAAAACAAUGGGUGGUACAAAGUAUUUGUAUGGAACAGGAAAUAUUGAAAAAAUCACUCAAGAAGUAAAAGAAUGUCAAGCAACAGCUGUAUUCGUAUCAAUUGAUCGUCUAAGUUUAAGUCAAUUGGACGGUAUGCAAGAAAAAUUUCAUGUUCCGGUUUAUGAUCGAUAUUCAAUUGUAUUACAAAUAUUUAAAGCACAUGCUCAGAGUGGUGCAGCCAAAUUACAAGUAGCUCUUGCUGAAAUUCCAUUGUUACGUUAUAGAAAAAAUGACUCUGAGCUCUUCAAAGAACGUGAACGUUCGUUACGCGCUGAAUUACAAGUCUUAGAACAACAACGGAAAUUGGUCAAAAAACGCCGUUUAGCGUUAGACAUACCAACAGUGGCUGUUGUGGGUUAUACAAACGCUGGAAAAACAUCGUUGAUAAAAGCUCUUACGCGAGAUGAUUCAUUAAAACCACGAAAUCAAUUAUUUGCAACAUUAGAUGUCAGUGUUCAUCAUGGUGUAUUAUCGAAUCAAAUGCAAGUACUAUAUGUGGAUACAGUUGGUUUCAUAGCUGAUAUUCCCACAACAUUGAUUGAAGCAUUUCGUGCUACGUUAAAUGAUGCAUUAGAUGCUCAUUUAAUUAUUCAUGUUUGCGAUAGAAGUCAUCCAGAUUGGAUUGUUCAAUGUAAAACUGUUAUGCAAACAUUAAAAGAUUUAGAUGUAUCAGAUUCAAAAUUAAAAUCAAUGUUAACCGUUUAUAAUAAAUGUGAUUUAAUAGAUGGCUCACAAAAUCAGAUUACUACUGUACAAGUGGAAAAUACGAACAACGAUCAGAGCCAGAGUGAGGAUACUGAGUUACUUGAACAAAAGCAAGAUUCGGCCAAUCUUAUUCAUGUCUCAUGUAAAGAAGGCACUGGAUUAAGUAAUUUGGCGACGCUCAUUGAGAAUAAUUUACUGGUGAUGAGCGAUCGGGUUACCACUUUAUUUCGUGUAUUACAAGGUGGUGAAUUAUAUAAUGUUCUCUUAAGAGAAUCGGAUGUCGAGACAACGUACGUUGAUGAUGAAAAUCCACAAUUUUUGUAUAUGAAAUGUUUAUUUUCUAAAGUAGCAUUUGCUAAAUUAAAAGCGAGAUAUGGAACGAAAUAUAUGAUUAGCGCAAAUUCUAAGUAA